AUGGAAAUAAUGGAAAUUGUAGAAGAAAAUAUUGAUAACCAAUUAGUAGAAGAAGAAAAAGAUAAAAAAAUUUGUCUAUUUAAAAAUUUAGUAAAAAUAUAUAAGCAUACAGAAUUGGAGUUAAUUGAAUGUGAAAUUAGUGAAAAUCAAAAAAUACGUAAAGCAAUAGAACCAAAAGAUAUUCAAAAAAUCAAUAUUUUAGUUAAUUAUUAUUUGGAACUAAAGGAUACUCUUGGAUCUUUAGAUAAAUAUAUUAUAUGUCAAAAACAUUAUAAUCAAGUUAUUAGAAAUGAUAAUUUUAUUGAAAGGUUACAAAAAAAUUUAAAAUUUUCAAAAUAUAAACAACAAAUUAAAAAAUUAGAAGUUAAAAAUAAUGAAUUAAUUGCUAAAAAUAAUGAAUUAAUAGUUGAAAAUAAUCAAUUAAAAAAAUAA